AUGCCACUGUCAACGACGGCGCAACUGGUCCGCAGUCGCGUCGAAACCAUCACACACACCUGCCAUUCAAUCGUCUAUUUUUAUAAAACAGAACCAACCACCGUAUGGAAAUCAGACUCUAUAUGGAUUGACGGCGAACAGUACGGAAAACUCACAACAGCAGAAAAUACCAGUGCGGACCUUUCCCGUGAACAUACCAUUUAUCAAGCCCUCGGCAACCAUCCACACAUUACACAAUGUUUCGGUCUUGAAAAAGACAAAACGGGCGACGCUAUUGCGCUUCGUAUCGAACGCGCGAAGUGUGACCUGCGGGGCUUCAUCGAAGCAAGCAUACGACCAUCCACCAAGCAACGCCUAGCUAUGGCAUCUGCUCUGGUCGAGGGCGUCCAGUAUCUUCACUCCUGCAAGGUCUUUUGGGGCGAUCUCUCCACCCGAAACACCCUUGUUUUUGACAAAAUGAACCUCAAGCUUUGCGACUUUGCGAGUGCUGCACUUGAAGGCGUAUACCCAGAAUUUGGGCAUCAUACGUAUGAAGUGCGUUAUUGGCCGGCUUUGCCCCAGGACGAUAUUGAGCAACUAAGUAUGUACCAAAAAGAAUUGUUCGCUUUAGGCUCGGCGAUAUAUGAAAUUACCGAAUGGGAAAAACCGUACGCCAAGGUCGACGACAAUGACAUCGAUCAAGUUCUCCAUAGUGGCCAGAGGCCCACGAUUUCGGACUGGAAUUGUGCACGGGAUAUUAUUAUGCGUUGCUGGGAUUUUGAGUAUAGUUCAAAAACUUCCAAGUGUGACGAUACGUCAGCAAUUGAAAAGAAGAUUAUGCAAAGUUUCCCGGAACCUAGCGAUGAGCCUGUCUGCACACACAGAGAAAGCCAAUGGGGAUAA